UGAACCCACUCUCUGGCCUUCGCAGCCCAAAAUUGCAAAACCCAGUCCGCGACGCGACAUAACAGAACCCUGAUUGCGCGCGUUCACUUCUUAUGCUGUCCCUCGCAAAACGACUCCACACCCUUCCUCAAUGCCUCCGGGCCGCCACACACCAGCUCCGGUGGUUCCGAAACGACGCCGGUCCACCCAGGCGGCGUCGCAAGACCCCGGCCCUUGCGCGUAAGAGGGCGGAGGACAACUCUGAGUGGUGGAUAGUCGACGGAGAAGUUCACGAGAUCGGCGACAAUGUACCUCCACGUGAGCGUUUCGUCCUUCCUAGGGAUAACAUUCCCAAUAAGCGUCGAAAGCAGCUCAGGGAACAGUUCAUGCGCCGGACUCGCCUCGUUAUCAAAGAAUCGGAGCAUGAGCCUUGGUGCAAAAGGUAUAUGGAGCUGUAUCAGGAGCUUAGAGAAAAUUGGGAGAGGCUAUACUGGGAUGAGGGAUACACCAAGAAACAUGGUGAAGAUCAUGCAAAUUACGAGUCUGCCGAAGAUGAUGAUGACGAUUUUUCCCCAUACAGGAAUAGGUCAUCCAAUCCUGAGCGACUAAAGGAACGGAGUUUUGUUGUAAACAAGCAAGAUGAUACCUGGGAAAAGGUCAGCCUAGUACGGGAUAAAUUUGAGUAUGACAGGGAGAGAAGAAUGAGAGAUAAAGCAUUUGCACCCAUGCAUGGAGGAGCUACAUCAGACUCACAUAAUUUGAAUCAUAACCAGCCUUUUGAUGCUCAAAGAUACUUUCCCCAGGAUGAAAGGAAGUAAAUCUAGACCUGCCAAAGCUGUGCAACUUGUGAAAUUUAAGGAUAGAAGGUAUCUCGUCGGUGCCAGAGUGCCUCUUCUUUGCUGCCUCUUCAGCUAACUAACCCAGCAAAUGUUUUUGAAGUCUACUAUUUCUGGCAGCAUUGCCCUUGUGUUACUCCACCUAAUGUCAGAUUAGUUUGGUUGUUUUGCUAAGCUUACUUCUGGGGUGAUAGUAUUCUAAACUACAUCAACUGUGUUGCUUCCCCUCCCAUCCAUCAAAAGAGAAUUAGUUGGAAACCAAAAACUAUAGCUGUAUACCAUCAAAUAUCAUUAUUUCCGCUAGUUAUCAAGAGCUCGUUUCUGGUGUUUUUGCUAUGCUGUGUUUCUCUGAAUUCCUUCAAACUAGUCGGUUUUUUGGUCAAUAGUUAAAACCACUGCCCAAAAUGGAUUUCAAUGUAGAAAGAAGCUGUACAAUUUUGCAGGAUGUAAUUCUCUAAAUUGUUUCCUCUGGUUAAGUUUAAUAUUGUAAUUAGUCAUCCGUUUUACCCAAAAAUUCGAUUCGAUUGCCUUUA